AUGGCUUCCUUCGUCGAAUCUGGUUGGCAGUGGUUGAUCACGCAUUUCAGUGACUUCCAACUGGCAUGUUUGGGAAGUCUCUUUCUGCAUGAAAGUGUUUUCUUCUUAUCUGGGCUUCCUUUUGUAUGGAUCGAGAGGGCAGGAUGGCUAAGCAAGUACAAGAUUCAGGGAAAAAAUAAUAGCACUGCAGCUCAGGAGAAAUGUGUCAUUCGCUUAAUGUUGUACCAUUUUGGCGUCAAUCUACCAGUUAUGAUCUUUUCAUAUCCUGUGUUUAAAUACAUGGGCAUGCGAAGUAGUCUUCCAUUGCCAUCCUGGAAAGUAAUUCUAACCCAAAUAAUCUUUUACUUCAUUUUGGAGGAUUUUGUAUUUUACUGGGGACACAGGAUAUUGCACACAAAAUGGUUUUACAAACAUGUACACAGCGUGCACCGUGAGUAUGCUACACCUUUCGGACUUAGUUCUGAAUAUGCUCAUCCUGCUGAGAUACUUUUCCUUGGAGUUUCUACCAUUGUUGGUCCCGCUGUCACUGGGCCUCACUUGUUAACUCUCUGGUUAUGGAUGGUUCUGAGAGUCCUGGAGACAGUUGAGGCACAUUCUGGUUACCAUUUUCCAUGGAGUCCUUCAAACUUCUUUCCAUUUUAUGGGGGAGCUGAUUUCCAUGACUAUCAUCACCGUUUGCUGUACACCAAGUCAGGAAACUACUCAUCAACCUUUACUUACAUGGACCGGAUAUUUGGAACUGAUAUAGGGUACAGAAAGUUGAAAGCAUUGAAGAGUGCAGCGGUUGAAGACAGAAAAACCGGUCCCCAUGAAACAUAAGCAUUGAAGAGUGCAGCAGUUGAAGACAGUUACACCGCUCCUGAUGAAACUUUGAGUUGUGAUGGUAGGGGUAGCUAACAAGGAAUCUCCUAAUCAAGAUUAACAAGUAUUUGUCAAGAAAUUGGAGAGAAGUUGCGGUUGGGAUAUGUGGAAUCAAGUACUGAGACGUCCAGC